AUGUGAUGGGAACCACAAACGACAAAUGAAGAUAGGAAAACAGAACAUUAAUACUCCUAUGAUGGAAGGUGAGGUGACGUCUGACGACUGACGGUGACGGGUUAUCAUUUGACGUUUGUGGGGUUACCUACCCUUUGCCUCUUUCUCAAUUUGUCAUUUUGAUUUUCAUUUCAAGUUUUCAACCUUUCUCAUUCUGUUUAUCAAUUUUCCAAUAAUCUAUAUUAUUAUGGCUGAUGCUGCGCUAGCACGGCGAGAAGCACGAAGGAGAAAAAUUCUGGAGAAUUCACAUAAUAGAUUACAAAUUAUAUCUGGGAAAGGUGUCAGUGAUUUAAAUAAAGAGAAUUCAAUACCAAGAGAAACUGCAGAAAAUUCAGUUCCAAAAGAGAGCAACAGUGUUAAUGAACGUUUUCAGAACAACGGUGUGAUAAAUACUAGAGAAGAUACCGUCAGUUCAACAAACCACGAAAACUUUGCAAUGGGUGACGGGCUUAUUGCGAUGGCAGACGACACUCCAAUUUUAAUUCGUCCUGAUAUCACAACAGUUGAAACAAUAGAGGAAGCAGUAUGUGACUUCGCAACUCUGGGACUUUUCUCUAAGUAUAAUAUGCCCAAAUACGACUUAGUGAUCCUAACAUUGUUUCUUCAAUUUCUUUAUUUUAUCUCUGAUUUAACUUUGGAGGACUCGUACAUAUUUUUUCCGUUUUCUGUGUAUAUAAUAUCAAAAUACAUAUUUAAAUACCCAAAGGACCAAAAUAAUUCUAUUGCUAAUGUUCUUUUAUUAUUAAACGGGAUGUCCUCUAAUAGGGCACAAAAAAUUAUGUCCAUUGCACAAUUUGCUAGUGAAUGUUUCCAAGAUAUGUGUAUCUAUCUAUUUAUAACUAUUUGUAUGCAGGCUGGUUGGCGAGCUCUUGGUGAUAAUUUUGGGUAGUUUAUAUCGUUUGUACAAAUAUUAAGGGGCAUUUUACUGACAGGAAUUUCUAUAAAAGCAUGCUAAAAUAAUUGGAAGGUGUGUGUUGAAUGAUUGCCUUUGUAUGUGAGAGAUGUGACAAGUGUGAGUUUUGGUCACAUAUUGCCAUUCUAGUUUUAAAUUUAUAUGUUUUGUAAAAAUAGGUAUCUUUUACUUUACAGGUAAAUGUUUACUGAAGUGUCUUAUUAUAAUUUAUAUUAUGGAAGCCCAUGACACUUGUGUACUUACUUGAGUGUGAUGUGGUACAUGGUAAUAAAAUUUCUUUGCUUUCAGCUAUGGGGAAAAACUACAGACUUUAAAGUUUUUAUCACUUUGCCUUACUGAACUUGUCUGAAAAUAUUAGUGAUUAAUUGAUUAUUUCCUUUAAAAAAAUUAACCACCCUCAUGGCUCAAGAACAGACAUAGAAUAUUUUAUUUUAUUAUAUUGUUUUUAGAAUUAUUAGAAUAUUUUGUUUAUGCUCAAAUUGUUGGAUUUUUGAUAUCUUCUAAUAAAUUUGAUAAUCUAAACAUACCCACCAAUCUAAGGGCUCUUACUUGGUGGAGGCACUUAACAACAUGCAAAGUAUACUCCCUUAUGUUCAUAAGCUGCAUUCAAUUAUAUCCAAGAAUACCCUCUUUUGGCCCCUACUACUAGUAAAUAUUCUCAUAUAUAUUAUGGUAAUGAGUGCUGUGAUGUAAUGUUUUCCAUUAAACUACUUCAGAUAAUAAUUUUGUGUUCUGCAUUUAUUAUUAAAAAUUUUACAACUGUAUUUAAUAUUUAGAUAAAUUGUAAUAAUUUCAAAGUUCUUAUAAUACGAAAUGUUGGAUUCUUUAUCCAGCAUUAAAUUCUAGUUUCAGUAGUAAUGAAUUCUAGUUUUUUAUUGUCUUUGGAGAUUCAUUAAGAUGGGCUACACUUUAAUGUUAGCUAAUAAUUAAAUAUUGUUAUUAAAACAAUUUUGUGGAGUCACAGUAUCUGUUUAUAAUAGUAAUUGGGCAUUGAAUUACUGGAUUUGCUGUUCAAUAAAUCACAGAAUUUAUAUUGAUUCUAUUAUUUAAAUAAAAAUCUUAAAUUGAAAUGUGAAGGCAAUUUAACUUCAUUGGUGUUGGAAAAUAUUUGUCUGUAUUAAAUGUUAUGUAAAAUGUAUAUUGUGGCAGUCUGUGACUAAAAGUGUUGAAUGACUUAACAAUUUGAUAGCUUCUUAUUUUGCUAAAAAAAAACUAAUUAUUUUUAUAACAUUCUUGUUAUGUUUUCAAAUUGUACAUCAAAUUUAUACAUAUUUAAAAAUGUGGUUUUUGUAUCAUAUGUAGUUGGAAUAAAGACAGGUUUGACAACUGGGUAAAAUAAAUCUACUUACAUAGAGAAACUCAUGUUGAUUUAGUUGUAGGUUGAUGUAUCUGUUUCUGUCUCUUCAAUGCUAUGACAUUACACUGUAUCUUCAGAUACAGAUAUUUUACGACCUCAGUGGCGCAGUGGAUUUACAAUACGAAGGUCCUGGGUUCAAUCCAAAUCAAUCCUUAGGGGUCUGGUUGGUGGGAGGCUUCGGCUAGUUACCACCCUACCAACAAAGACAUACCACUAAGCGAUUUAGCAUUCCGAUACGAUGUUGUGUAGAAACCGAAAGGGGUGUGGAUUUUCAUCCUCCGCCUAACAAGUUAGCCCGCUUCCAUCAUUACUUACCAUCAGGUGAGAUUGUAGUCAAGGGCUAACUUGUUGUAAAAAAUAUUGUGUUUUGUCAUAACAUCAUUUUAAAAUAUUUUUUUUAUGACUCAAAAUACCCUGAUAAUAAAGUAGUAAUAUUAUUAAUAUUUUACACUUUUUUUAGGAUAUUAGGGGACUGAAACAAAGAGUGCAAUUUGUUAAUAGUGGAUGUUUUUAGUGUUUUCUCAUGAUAUAGCAGACUCUAUCAAUUUAAAAUUGGAUGUCUCAUUUGUCCUAUGCUUUUUAAGUGUGUAAAUUACAUAUACCUUGUCUUUAUCCGUAUUUGGUGUUAUCCAAUAUGUAUAGGAUGGAAUACAACAGAUAAUUAAGCUGGCAGCAAACCAAAGAUCUUAAGGCCUACUUUGGACUACUUUAGAAUUUUAGUUGAGAACAAACAAUUUUUAGAUUUACGGCCCAAAAAUUGGUCAUACUCAACUAAAAUACUAAAGUAGUCUGUACGACCUAUUAAGAGUUGUAACAUUACUUAUAGAUUAUUGUUGUAUAAUAUUGUGUUUUUGUUCUCAAAUAAAAUUAAGCACUUAAUAAAGGUAUUUUAGUGUUGUACUUUUUCAUGUGCUUGUACUUUUGCAAAUCCUUUUUGAAAACCAGCUUAAUUUCUCUUGUAACGAAAUAAAAUGUAAAAAAAAUAUUAAAUGUAAUUAUUAUAUUUUUUAACAAACUUUAAAUAAAAAAUUACUAAUGAUGUUUCUUCUA